CCUUUCUCUCCCUACAAAUAUUUUCCGUUUUGAUUCAUGUGUCCUUCACAGUUUCCUCUGUUACUUGUCGAAUCCCCUAUUAAUCUCAUGUCUUAGUCGCUGCCAGUAGCAAAAGUUGCCUGUAUAGUAUAUAUAUAAUAUACUCCACCCCACUCCACGCCUCCCCACCCUACUCCUAUCCUUCCCUCACCAGGCCCUAUAUAUACACUCAUAUUGUAUCUGACACCCUUCCUAACAUUCAAUACCCCUUCUACUUGGUCAUCAAUAAUCAAGAAAGUUUGAAAGAAAUAUGAAUGCAGAUUAUUAUAUUCAAUUCCAGUAGCCCUUUUCAGUUCAGGUUUUCCCAGCUUCAUUAAUGGCUGAACAAAGUCCAGAUUUUUACUCUCACAAACUCCCCUCCUCUUCUCAGGUGGUGGAGGAGCUGAAGGAACUAUGGUCAAUGGCACUGCCAAUAACAGCAAUGAAUUGUUUAGUCUAUAUCCGAGCCGUGGUUUCUGUCUUGUUCUUGGGUCGGCUUGGGAGCCUCGAGCUAGCCGGAGGUGCCCUCUCCAUUGGCUUCACAAACAUCACUGGCUAUUCUGUUUUAGUAGGCUUGGCUUCUGGGCUUGAGCCAGUUUGUAGCCAAGCUUAUGGUAGCAAAAACUGGGAUCUUCUGUUCGUCUCUCUCCACCGUAUGAUCUUAAUACUUUUCUUGGCUAUUAUUCCAAUCAGUUUUCUUUGGAUCAAUCUUGAAUCAAUCAUGAUUUUCAUGGGACAAGACAAAGACAUUACCUUAAUGGCUGCUAAGUAUUGUAUCUAUUCCCUGCCUGACCUGUUGACCAACACUUUGUUACAACCUUUGAGGGUUUAUUUAAGGUCACAAGGGGUUACUAAACCUCAAAUGUGGUGUACCUUUAUGGCUGUGAUAUUCCACGUGCCAUUGAAUUAUUUUCUUGUGGUGAUUAUGGGUUUGGGGGUUCCUGGGGUGGCGAUGGCUUCAGUGUUGACGAACCUGCACAUGAUGCUGCUGAUGAUGGGGUACGUGUACUUCUAUGGGAGGUGGGAAUGGAAACUGAAGGCAGGGAUUGGUGGUGUAUGUGGUGGUGUGGGGCCGUUGCUUAAGUUGGCUGUGCCUAGUUGUAUUGGAAUUUGUUUAGAGUGGUGGUGGUAUGAGAUUGUGACGGUUUUGGCCGGCUAUUUGCCUAAUCCUCGACUCGCGGUGGCUGCCACCGGGAUACUCAUCCAGACCACUAGCCUUAUGUACACCGUGCCAAUGGCCCUGGCUGGCUGCGUCUCAGCGAGGGUGGGAAAUGAGUUCGGAGCUGGGAAGCCGUACAAAGCGAAGCUGGCUGCAAUGGUUGCACUGGCAUGUGCACUUGUGAUUGGAAUUGUCAAUGUUAUUUGGACAUCGAUAUUUCGGAAAAGUUGGGGUGGCCUAUUCACCAAGGAAGAAAAGCUCAAAUCUCUUGUAGCAUCCGUUUUGCCAAUCAUUGGCUUAUGCGAGCUCGGGAACUGUCCACAAACCACCGGCUGUGGCAUUCUACGUGGCGCAGCCAGGCCAGUUGUUGGAGCCCGUAUCAAUCUUGGCUCGUUUUACUUUGUGGGCACUCCCAUAGCUGUGGGGCUGGCCUUCUGGCUCAAGGUCGGCUUCAGAGGGUUAUGGUUCGGGCUCCUGUCAGCUCAAGCGGCCUGCGCCAUUUCAAUUCUCUAUGUCAUAUUCAAGUGCAUAGAUUGGGAAGUGGAAACUUUGAAAGCAUCUAAGCUAACUAGCUUGGAAAUAAGCAACAAAAGUAGUGAUGAGGAGAAAAAAGGACUGUUAGUUUUAGAAAAUGAAAACAUUGAUAAUGCUCUCUAAGGCAUUGUCAAUGCUCUCUAAGGCAUUGUCUGCCCUAUGGGGUGGAUGGGGGGUGGGCUGUAAAGUUUUGGUUUGAAAGCAUGGGGUUCUGUGGUGAAAGCACUUCUUUUAUGACAGGCAAAGAAUGUGAUGGUGUCCCAUCCAGGUGUUCUAUAACUUGAGGCUAGACAUUUAUUUUUGUUUUAUCCAUAUGUAGGAUAUGCUUUAGUACUGUUAAACCUUGAACUUUUGUGACAGCAUUGUCUUUGUUCUUAGUGCUACAUGUGCACUAACUUGGAUUCCA